AUGGACUUCAUGGUCCCAGCCGGGAUCCGCCUGGAUCUCACUCAUGGAUCCAUCAGCUUGCCCGACGAAGUCCGGUUCCAGCUUAGCGGGAGGCGGCAGGUUUGCAGCGACAAGGCCAGGAUCGUGAACCUUGGGCAGUACCUGAGGAUCCAGCCAGGAGCAUCAGCGGAGCUUCCCAUACGCCUGAGGACUUCGGAUCACGAGAAAUUCUGGGUCACCCGUGGAGAUCAUUGGAUCCCCACGAUAGUCCAUGGCCCGGGGAGGAUCAGAUACAUGAGGAUCACGAACAUCGGUGACAAGGUGCUGAUCCUGCAUCAGGACUUGCGGAUCGGAAUCUGGCUGGCCGGCGAUCAUGUCCCGCGACUGCCAGGUUUCAUCUCAGUGGGAUCCCGGCGCUAUAUGGAGUGGGAUCCAGGCGCUACAUGGAGUGGCAAAAUCAGGCCCUCGAAGCGACCGUGGAUCCCCGAUCUGCGGACUCGGAUCCGGAUGCGGAAGAUCCACCAAGGCCUGCAGUGGAACGCCCCGAGUAUGAGAUUCCGCGUGCAACGACCAAGGCCGACGGCGAUCAAGUGCUUGAAGGGCGGAUCAAGUGGAGAUCAAGAGGUAUCUGACCACCUUCCUUUGGAUAAUUCGCCGUCGGACAAUCCGCCGCUGGAUUGUCGACCAUUGGAUGAGGCGUCUGUCGCAAGUGAUGGGUCGGAUCUGUCGUCUAUCGCAGAUGACAACUCUAUGUCACAUGUUGUAACGGUCGUGAGGGCGCUGGACGAUCAGGAUCCAGGUGUAUCAGGUAUUACCGCAGCGGAUCUGCCCCCGGUCGAAGAUCCAGCCGUGGAAACGGUAUUGGCUGAGGAAACCCCCAGUGGUGUGACUGGCGCGGAUCAAGAUCCGCCAGUUCAGGAAGUCCAGGAUCCGAAGCCGGCGAUGUUGAAGGGUGAUGGGUCGCACCCAUCAUCAUUGAUGGGUGUAGAAUCUGGGACGAGCCAUAAGUUGGGUGACCCGUUGGACCAGAAGGACACCAUGUCUAUGUCACAGAAAAGGGACGCGGAUCCGGCAGCUGUUUUGGAAGAUCAACCGAACAUAUCGGAUCUGGACCUUACUUGGGACUCGGAUCAGGAUUACGACGAAUGUGUGUAUUACAACGAAGGCAGCGAUCUCUACGCUGAAGAUGUCGACGGACAACUAGCGGUACUGGCUGAAGUCCCAGCGACGACGGAAGAUGUGAGGAUCGAGGACACCCAAUUGUGCGGAUCCGACAAUCAGACGCCCGAAGAGAUCGACCGACUCCCCCAGCGGAUCUGGAAGAGCUCGGUCGAUCGCGCUCAAGUGUCGAAAGCUGCGGCCCCAGUUCCGAAAUUGGCAGAGCAGAUCAAGGGUCUCCUGUCGGCCAAGAUGAUCAACCACUCAAGAUCUCCAUGGGCAUCGCCGAUCGUCGUGAUCAUCAAGAAGAAUGGUGUGGAUAUACGAUUGUGCAUUGAUUAUCGGUUGGUUAACAGUCUUACACAGCUGAUGGUUUACCCGAUGCCGCUGAUCAACGAUCUACUGGAGGAUCUCGAGUCUACACUAGGGUAUUGCUCACUGGAUAUGGCGAGCGGAUUCUGGGUGGUGAAGAUGACGGAUCGGGCCCGCCUGAUCUCGGCCUUUAUUACCCCAUUUGGACUCUUCGAGUGGAAUCCGAUGCCUUUUGGGCUGAAGAAGGCGCCUCGCUUCAUCGAAGAUAACGCGGUUUAUGCGUCUGUGCUGUAUGAGUUGAGGGAGAUCGACUAUGCUGCGAUGGAGAAGGGCAUGAACCGAAGUCGGAUCCAGCUAGCACUAGCAUCGGAAUCCCCGGAUCCAGACAUAUUGACUAAGGAUCCGACGCGUCCACAACCUUCGGAUCCGAGCCCGCGGGGUCCGGAUCCCGGACUUAACGAUCAAGAUCCGAACCUAGCACCACGGGAUCCGACGCCUGAUUGUGUGAAGACGUCGAACCCCAAGAGUGACAAUCUUGCGGAUUUGGACCCCAGGUGGGUCCAUGCUCACAGAUCCUUCAAGGUGCUGAAGGAGAAGAUCGCGAAAACGCCGAUCCUGCGGGAGUUCGAUCCGGAUCGACAAGCUGUGGUGGUGGUAUAUGCCAGUGAUUGGGCGAUCUCCGGUGCACUGAUGCAAGAAUAUGAUCAGGUUUACUAUCCAGUGAUGUUCGCGAUCCGUACACUGAAGUCGAACGAAUUAAACUAUGGGAUCGCAGAGAAAGAGGUGUUAGCAGUGUUGCGGGUCCUGGAUCUCAACUAUAACACUUUAGUUGGGAGGCCGAUCCGAGUGCUGACGCGACAUUCCACGCUGGCCUGGUUGUUUAGGUCCAACGCAUUACAAGGACGCCUGGGACAGUGGGCCGCGCUACUUUCACCCUGGAUCCUCGAGAUCGUCAAGUGUAACAAGGGCGAGGACGAGAUCCUGGGUGCAUUAGCAGCCCGUAUCACACCCAGAUCCGAUGUCGACAAAGCACUGAUCUCGAUCACCCCGAAGAAGGAGCCGAGGCGCAAGAUCCAGGCCCCGAUCCCGACAGUGAGAUCGGAUGAGGAUCUGUAUGUUGCUAGCUUCGACGGAUCCGCCCGUGUCAAGCGAGGGGGAGGCGCCUACAGCGCGAUCCUGUGGAAAUUACCUGAAUGGACUGUUGUGAAGGCCAGAUCCGGCUAUGCCGAAGAGAUCCACAUUGGAGGCAGUGAUCCCGAUGGGAAGUACACGAAGACAGGAUCGGGAUCCACGGAGGUGGCGAUAUCGGAUCCAGAGGCAUUACCAACAGGCACGGGAGCAGGUGUAUCGGUGCUUACGGGAGGCGAUCUCAGAUCGGGCGGAUCAGCACAAAGACACAAGGGAUAUACCAAGAAGCUUGCGCAUGUGUGGCAUGGCCCCUUCCGUGUGGCCGAGAAGAUCGGCGAGUAUGCGGUGAAACUUGAGAUCACCGGAUCCGCAUAUAAUUUCCCCAUAGUCCAUGAUCAAGAUCGCCUGGAUUUCCACGAAGCACUCCUUCCCGGAGAUAGCUGGACCCAAGUUCGCGAUCCGGACGAGUAUGAAGUCGAGAUGAUCUCGGAUAUGGGGACUGGCAGGAAGACAAGUGUGCCGAAAUCUACUAAGGGCAACAUCCGAGACACUAAGGAGACGGAUCACGAAGUAUGCUCAAGAUCUGAGAUGAUGUGGAAGUGGAUCACGGAGUAUGGACUAUGCAAGAUCUGA